AUGCAUCUCUUUAGCCUUGCUGUGGCUGCGGCCUCCGUUGGGGUCUCAGCGGCUGGUGUCAUCCAGGGCAGACACUCUGACGAGGUCUGCUCCAAUCUCAUUUCUACCGGUGAAGUGCUGCACACUUCUCUUAAUAUUGUCGAAUUUCCUGUUGUUGUCGACAUCCUGUUGGAGGAGGACACUGUUGUUACUAUUGAUAACACUAUCCUGAUCGAAUGCACGAACGCCCCCACUCACUUGCACACGACCGUCUAUGCUACCACUACCGAGACCAUCACUAAGACUAUCUCGACUGCCACCAUCUCUGCGAACGGUGGCACUGCCCCCACAGUGGUCGACUCCACUACCGUUGGAAAGGCUGAUGAUCGCACUGUUACUACCAAGAUUGGCACUAAGACAGCUGGAUCUAACCCUGAGGAUACUGUCGCUGCUUCUACCAAAACACUGGCCCCAGUUGCUGGUGGAUCUGCAGUAGGCUCUGGCAUCAACACCGAUUUAUACACAGCAUCAACCUCGAACGCUGCUGUUCGCACAGUGACUUCCACCGGCUACCUUCACGGAACCAGCGUUAUCAAAGUCUAUACUAAGACUGUCGCGUCUGCCACCCCCGCCGCUACUCUUGCUGCUGGCGAGUAUACCAAUUGGAACUUAUUCAAAGCUAACGGCGUUAACCUCGGUGGCUGGCUGGAGCAAGAGCAAGUCUUUGACCAGUACUGGUGGGAUCAAUAUGCUCCCAAUGCCAGCGACGAAUGGACAUUCUGUGAGACACUGGGUGACAAAUGUGGUUCUGUCUUGGAGCAGCGCUAUGCCACCUAUAUUACAACCGACGAUAUUGACAAGGUCGCGGCCGUUGGCGUCAACACUCUCCGUAUCCCAACCACAUACGCAGCAUGGAUCAAGGUCCCUGGCUCCGCCCUGUAUCAUGGCAACCAGAAGGAGUAUCUGAAGAAGAUCUCCACUUAUGCCAUCGAGAAGUACAACAUGCGCGUUGUCGUUGGUUUGCACUCUCUCCCAGGUGGCGUCAACUCGCUCGAUAUCGGAGAGAAGGCUGGAAAUGAUGGUUGGUUCCAAAACUAUACCAACCUGAAGUACUCCUACGAAGCAGUUGAUCAAGUCCUUCAGUUCUUCGUUGACACUGGAUAUCCUUGGGCCUUUACUCUUUCUCACAUCAAUGAGGCUUCCGACAAUCCCUCAGCCUUUGCGUCGCCCAAUACCUUGACCACCAACGGUACAAACUGGAUCGUCAAGUAUACCCGUGGAGUCCUAGAUCGUAUCGCCCGCGUUGAUAAGCGUAUUCCCCUGAUGUUGCAGGAUUGCUUCCUCGGCGAAGAGCAUUGGUCCCCUUACUUCCCUGCCAAGACGAAUCUGGUCAUCGACACCCAUGUGUACUACUUCGCUGCCUCCGGCGUUUACUCACAGUGGGCCAACGGUGCUAUCUGUGGUCAGGCUUCUGUCGUCGGUGGUGAUGGGAAGUUCCCAGUUUAUAUUGGCGAGUGGGCUUUGCAAACUCUUUACAGCAAUACCUUCAAGAACCGGAACAGCCUAUUCAAUACCCAGCGGUAUGCCUGGAGCCAUUAUGCUUCUGGUGGCUCUUUCUGGAACAUCAAGCAUAACAGCAGCGCUGCUGUUGACGGUCAUGGUACUCAGAGGGAUUACUGGUCCUAUGAGCGUCUUAUUGAUGCUGGUGUUAUCCACAAGCCACUUUCAAAUACUACCUACUGCUAA